UGACGUGGUGGCCGCUUCCCUCCGCUGGUCUCUCCGCCUGACCUGUUGGCUCUCAGCUACUUCGGUGUAUCGGCAGAAAGAAAGUCAUUUUUGUAGUCACUACAGGCUGUAUCCGCUUGACUAUUCAUUAACUGAGAAGAGGCAACCUUUAUCACCUCGACGUAAAGGGGCUCAAUGCCGACAGGGACUGAAACUGCCUCGUUUUCCGCUCUCGCCUGCACGACAUGAGUUGGCGGAGUUGCUUUUACUUUUUGCGGGCUGCACACAAGACAUUGUACACUUUACAAGAGCAGUUAGGCUUAUUGGGCCGCUCCGGCAUCAGACCAUCAUCAACAAUGGCUCAGACUGUGACCCCAAUUCUGUCUGUUCUCCCCACACGGGGUCUUGUGGAUGAGAAGUUCAAGGUGGCGCUGGAGAAUCUGCCUCCUAGAUUUCCAGUGACGCUGCAUUCCCUUCAUCAGUCCGAGGACAAGGACUACUGGGAGGCCUUUGGCUACUAUGUCAGUGAUGACAGAGGCAGAGUGACUGUUUCUGAGGAUGCGAGUCUUGGGGGAACAUACAAAGGAGUAGAACCCAUGGGUUUGCUGUGGAGCAUGCACCCUGUUCCAGGCAGCCGGACCGGCCUCAGGUUGAGAAAGAUGGAUGUACAAAGCCCCAUGGUGGUGUUGAUCUCAGCGUACAAAGGACAUGCUUUUGAGGGCUUCAGGGAGCAGCCUCCAUUGGCCUCAGCACUCACAGAGAGAUGGUACAUGGCACCAGGCGUACAGAGGAUAGACAUCAGAGAGGGAGGAGUCAUAGGAACCAUCUUUAUACCUCCAGGUCCAGGACCCUUCCCUGGGGUGUUGGAUAUGUGGGGAGGGGGUGGAGGGCUGGUGGAGUAUCGUUCUGCCCUGCUGGCAUCCCACGGUUUUGUUUCUCUGGCACUGGAUUAUCUGUCCCCCAAGGUGGCCGUGGCAGAUGAUCAGUCCCUCGUUUAUUUUGAGAAAGCGUUUAAUAUCAUCCAGCAGCAUCCGCAAGUGAUCAAGGACAGAGUUGGGAUUUGCGGUCUUUGCUUGGGGGCGUCAGUGACUCUUAAUGUGGCAGCUUACUCCGAGUCUGUCAGUCCUCGAUGCUGUGUUUGUAUCAGUGGGAGCCACGUCCUUCCAGCUGCCAAGUCCCUCUCUUAUGUGAUAAAUGAUGGGUACAAACAUAUGGACAAGCUGCUUGUGGAUGAGCAGAACCGCAUGGUGUGGCGUCACGCAAUUCUUCCCAUCACCACUAACCCAGACGAGAAGCUGGAUAUGGGAAGGAUAAAAUGUCCACUGUUGCUGGUCAAUGGUGAUGAUGACCAGAGCAAGGCCACAGUGGAGUCUGCUGAGGAUAUAGCCAAGAUGAUGCGCGCAGCCGGCAACGAGCAUCUGCUCACCACACUCAACUACCACGAUGCUGGACAUCUUAUCGAGCCUCCAUACACACCCCACUUCAGAGCCAGCAAUUUCAUAAUACAACACCUACAACAGAAAGUUUUGGUACUAUGGGGAGGAAAGACCAAACCCCAUGCAGACGCUCAGGAAGACUCUUGGCAGAAGAUCUUGUCUUUUCUGCGGGAGCAUCUGUACCCCUGUCCCUCGUCCAGCAUCCCCCAGGCCAAACUAUGAAGCUGUACUCCAAGUACAUAAGAGCAGAAACAACACACGGAGGAGAGCAACAGCUUCAGUGUUAUCUUUAUCGUCCACCAAGAUUCAAGAGUUUUUGAAAGUCACUGUCAUAAAUUGGAGCUUUAGGGGCUGCAUUUUUCCACACUAAUGAAUUCCAGCAGGACUUGGUGGCCUAUAGCUUUUAAGAUACUUUGAGAUAAUUGUGGUCCAUUUACCAAAAACCAUGUUGGAAAUAAGCUUCAUUGACUCAAUGAGUCAUUCAUGCUUGCACUUAAAAAAUAGCAACAAUACAUUGUAAUGAAAGGAAUGCAUAUGUUGAAUAAGUUUUGUGUGAAAAUUCUAUUUUUCUAAUGACUAUCUAAUAAGUCUGUGAACCUAGUGAAAUAAUGUUUUUGACAUAUUACAGAAUUUAAGCAUGGGCCGCUACGGCAGCCCGCUACGGUAACCGGAAACGGAUUGGCGCUCGACAUAUAAACCUGCCUGCCGUAGCAGUCCAUUCUACUACGGCACAAAGCACACUUUGAUGUAGCCACACAACGCCGCGAACAGGUGAGACGUGCAUAGACGCGUCACCAUGGGAACCAAGAGUUCAGUGAAAGGGGUGGGUACCUGUUGCCGACGGCUGUUUGCUUAACGAUUUUGACUGCUACGGCGAUUACGUCAUUGCAGCCGUACUUCCGCCUAGUGGAGCCGUCCUGAAAACCGUCCUGCUUAAAUUCCCUAUUGUGAAUACUCUGCUACACCCAGAACAAAGUAUCAAUUCUAUUUUUCCAACUUCUCAGUUUCUCAUUUAUUAACAUCAUUUUUUGUGCACAGUCCCCCAAGUAAGUCAAAUUUCAGAAUUCAUCCAUGUUGUAUGUAGCAGUGUAUUCAAACAUUGAACAAUAAAACCAUAAUUUAUCAUGAAUGUUUAACUAUUGGUUGUGGGAUUGCAUUUAUCAGUUUAUUAUAUAACAGCUUUGAACAUCACUCAGCCAAUCAGAACUGAGAACCAGGACUGUUUCACAGUGAGAAAAACAUGAAAGACAUUUAAAAAAAGACAGUGUCUCUAUAAUAAAUCACACUACAACUUGGUGCCUUCGUAAUUACCAUGAUUAUUGCCAGGGAGCGUUCAGGUUGCAGUUUGUUGGCGUGUUGAAAUCCUGCACCAUGAACAGGACAUUUAGUUCUCUGACCUUUGCCCCCAAAUCUUAUCCACCCCUCUCCACCGCAGUUUAAAUGUCAGAAGAUUUUGUAUCAGCUCAAUUAUUUGCACCAAAGUGUGAACUAUAUGAUUGGCCAAGUGCAUGUUGUUUUAUGUUUGAUUUGCUGUCCUAAGUUGUAGCUAUUACUUCUAUACUAUAAUAUUCUAUACUAUAAUCACCAUCAGGGGGCAGUAUAAGAAUGUCAAUGGCAAACACAGUCACACAUUUACCCGCAACAUAUAUGGUCUUGAAAGAACAGGUUAAAAAGAGAAUUAAUGCCAUAAUAAAGAUGAUGAUGUUGCUCAUAAUAUAUCUUCAAAAUACCUGUACUACUACUACUACUACUACUAACAACAACAAUAAUAACUAUUAUUGUGAUUAUAAAGCCACAGGGGUUAGAUCAUUGAUGAUCUUCCUGUAUUUGGCAGUUACACAACAAAUAUAAUAAAACACUAAAGUAUAGUAUUAAAGUACAGCUAAGAACA